CUAUUCUUCAAUCUUCAUCGCUGCAUAAACGCAACAACAGACAAUACCGAGUUGUAAUUACAGUACGACACUGAUCCUCUGAGCAAAAACUAAAAUGUAGAACUUUUUACUUAAACAGUUGGGAUUUGGCCGAAUUUUAACAUAUUUAUGCGUGAAGGAGACACAAAAUGAGGCUCGGUACUUCCCAGGGCGCUAACGAUUCUCUGCUUUGGUUCCGGGGCGUGCGUAGCUCAAAGUUCCGCCAUGUAUACGGACAGCCGUUGAAAAGGGAGCAGUGCUACGAUAACAUCAAUAUAACGAAGAACGCUCAUGAUUCGCACUUCUGUGCUGUCAAUCCAAAGUUUAUUGCAGUCGUUACAGAAGUUGCUGGAGGAGGUGCAUUCCUUGUACUGCCCAUCGGAUCAACAGGACGAGUUGAUCCAAACUCGUACAAAGUGACAGGGCAUUCAGGGCCAGUUUUGGACAUUAAGUGGAACCCUUUUGAUGAUAAUGUUAUUGCAUCAUGCAGUGAUGAUUGUACCAUAAAAGUAUGGUAUAUACCAGAAGGCGGCUUAGAUGGGAAUUUGACUGAAUGGUUAGUCGAUUUGCAUGGGCACAAAAGAAGGGUCGGGUACAUUGAGUGGCAUCCGACUGCAGAGGAUGUCAUCGCCAGUGUCGGAUUUGACUACCUUGUCAUCUUUUGGGACGUAGGCAAAGGUGAGGCUCUCAAUGUUAUAGAUUGCCACCAGGAUGUUGUCCAAAGUCUCUCUUUCAACAGGGACGGUUCAAGGUUUGCUACAACUUGUAAAGAUAAAAAGUUAAGGGUUAUCGAUCCGAGGACAGGUCUAGUGAUCUCGGAGGGUCUUUGCCACAAUGGUAGUAGUCGUAGUAGUAAAGUUGUUUACCUUAAGAAUGGACUUUUGGCAACUGUUGGAUUUUCUCGCCACAGCGAUAGACAAUUGGCGAUUUGGCACGAGAACUCGCUCACCUCACCGCUUACGAAUGAAGUUAUCGAUUCCUCCUCAGGUGUUAUAUUGCCGUAUUUUGACUAUGACACCAAUAUACUCUUCCUAGCUGGAAAGGGGGAUGGAAAUAUUCGUUACUAUGAGAUCGUUGACUCAUCACCAUGGGUUCAUUUCCUUAAUCAGUUCUUGUCAGGAUUACCUCAGAGAAGCCUGGGUUUUAUGCCAAAGAGAGGAUGUGAUAUAAGCAAAUGUGAAAUAUUUAGAUUUUAUAAGCUGCAUACAACCAAAGCAUUAUGUGAACCGAUCUCAAUGAUAGUUCCGCGAAAGAGUGAUCAGUUUCAAGAUGAUUUGUAUCCGGAUACAGCGGCACCCAUGCCGGCAGUGUCUGCCUCUGAUUGGGUCAACGGUAUCAACAGGCCACCACAGCUGAUGUCAAUGAAAAUCGGGGCAGGAAUAAGAACUCAUAAGCCGAAAAUAAAUAACGGGAUUACAACAGGUUCUAAUAAUAAGUACCAAAUGAAAUUUGCAUUUUUGAGCAAAUGCACUACACCUGAUUAUCGACCUUUGGAUCAACGUGAAAUGCCACUUGUUCCUGAUGUUGUGCAGAACACGAUUCCUACGCACUAUAUACAAACCAGCCCACCUAUCAUGACGAGUAUAGAAAAUGAAAAGAAUGUAAAAACAUCGACAAAUCAAUGCACAAAGUUCCAACAGAUUCAGAGAAAAUUUGGAAAGACAAUUUUCAGUGAUGAAAAAAUGAACAAUAAAAACAACGAAAUCGAUGUGGAAAUGUCGCCCAAGAGUCAGAAUCAGUUGCAGAGAGCUUAUGAUCGGCUCUAUGAUGAAGUUCUUCAGUUGAGAAAGCAGUUGGCAAAUCGUGACAAGAGGAUAGAGGAUUUAGAAUCACAAUUGAAUAAGUUAAAAGCUUCCAGCCAGGGCCUAUAAUUAAGCGGCCUGCUUUUAAUCCCGAUUCAAACAUGCUUUUGAGCUAUAAGAAAGAUAGUAAACAACACAAAAAGCAUUUGCAAAUUAGGUUCAAUUGUUUUCUUACGAAGUUUGAUGAACUAGUAGAUUAUAUUUUUAAUUGGCUUCACAUGGUUAUAAAAACUGCUGAGCCUUUUAAGACAUAACGUUUUAUGUUGAAAAAUUAUAAUAAUGUAUGCGGGGCGAUUGAUCUCUAAUCAAAAGUCCCAUAUUGAAUUUUAUUAUUCUAAAAUAAAUUUGCCUUCGAAAUUUAAAUAAAUGCAAAUCGUUAAGGCUAAGAAAGAAAUGUUAACACCAAAGUUUGGGCAAAUUAUUUUUGCAAUUUUUCGCGAUAAAUAUUUUUGUAAACUAAUAAUCUAAGGACUUAUCACAAAUUCAUUUACUUUAGUUUAGCAAAACUAUCUUUCAAAAGCUUACGGAUAAAAAAAAAAUUUCGUUUUUUUUAUUGCGUGUAAAAGACAUUUUACAUUAUCACAAUUUAAAUAGCAUUAGUUUUCUUUAUAUAUCACAAUGGUGCAUUUAUUCUAGUAUUUACAGGUAAAUACUUUAACAAAAAUAGAAAUUAAUUAUUUAUAUUUUUUAAAAACUUAAUGUGGCUACAUUUUUAUCAUUGCUUUUCAUUUAAAUUGAACACGCUGGAAGAGUUUCAUUUAGAAGACAUAGUUUUUUUUUCUUUUUUUCCCCUCGAGGAUUAAAGUACUUUAAAGUUGAGAACAUUUAUCCAACUAGAAUUUAAGUACUAAAGUGAAGAGUAUAUUCUUUAUACUUUCUGUUUUUUGGUUUUUUAUUAUUUAGGCUUAAGAGACAAAGCUUCUUUCUAAAGAAAUUAAAUGUAUUGAGAAUCACAUUGACAUGCAUUUAUCCAGGCAUUUGUUUUUUUUUGUUAUUGUUUUUGUUUUAAUGACAAUAUAAUUUAAUAUUAUUUGUUCUAUAUGUAACACCAUACACAAAUCUUGUUAUACACUAAUUUUUUGUUUUGGUAUUUACAUAUGUUUAGUUGGUAUUUAAAUAAUUUAUUGUUUUGUACAAGGGUCAGUAAUUGUAUCUUAUUUUCUUUUUGGUUUUCUACUAUAACAUUCUAUUUUUCCAUUCUUCUUUAUUGAAGGGCAACUUUUAGUUGGUUUUGUGUGUAUUUAAGGAUUUUAGUUAAUAAUUCUUGUUUUCUUAAUUACAACAUUUGUAACUUUUUCCAUUAUUUGUACCUGUUUGGUGAAUACCAGUGUUUCGAUGUUGUGAUAUUUUAUACCAAAUAUGUAUGUAAAUGGUGAUAUGGCUUUACAUUAUACAGUUCAGUUCAAAUAUAAUACAUUGUGUUCA